GAAUACGUUACUGGUCGUCCAUUAUGGAAAUACUUGCGCGUAUUCAUGACAUUUAAGUCUCUCUCAUUAUUAUAUCGCCUUUUAUGGAAAUACUUACGCGUCCAGAUGGGUAUUUUGGACAAGAAUUACGCAUUCGUGUAACCUACAGUCAAUGAUCAGCAAAUAUAUAUAUAAAACAAAGAUAUUUCAAGAAAGGGUCAAAAUCAUAUAACAAUCAACUUGAAUCAAACAAACAAACGAAGAAAAAUGACCAUGAAUAACGAACGCAUCUUUAUUGUUGGUGGCACUGGUACUGUUGGUGCUGCUCUCGUCCGUGAACUGCUCGCAAAGAAUGUCCCUGUCACUCUGUUCGCACGUAGUUCUGACAAGGUUAACGCUCUUUUCUCAAACAAUUCUCUUUUAAAAGUUGUUGAAGGGGAUUACAACGAUCUUACUCCUCUCAAGGAAGGCGUUAAGGGCCAUACAAGACUGUUCCUUUUGGUGAUGGGCUUUAAUACAUGCGUCGAUAUCAAGAUAACUAUUGCUACUUAUGCCUACGAAGCUGGCGUCCGACAAGUAGUUGAUGUCUCUAGCCUUAUUGCUGGUGCACCAUGGAGAAUGACGUCUGUUGGUUCUGCUCAUCGACGUGCCGAACAAGGUAUCUUGGAUAUCCCUAACCGUGGAAGCUUUGUUGCUUUACGCCCUGGUAACUUUAUGUCAAAUAUGAUGUACCUCGAGUACCCUAAAAACGAUACGGUCAUUGAUACUACCGACCCUGAUGAACCCAUGGGCUGGAUUUCUCCUGAUGAUAUUGCUGCUGUAGCUGCUGUGGUGUUGACAGAGGAUAUUGAAAAGCACAGAGAUGCUGUCUACGAAUUGAACGGUGAUAUCGUCACAGGAAACCAACGUGUUGACAUCUUUUCACGUGCAACGGGUCGUCCUUUCAGUUACAAAAGGAUCAGCAUGCCUGAGAAAUACAAACUCUAUAUGGACACUGGGUUCUUUUCUCAUCUUGAUAUAUAUGAUUUGCUUACAAAGAAGGCCAGUUAUGACGCAAGACAUCCUUUUAUAACUGAUGGCAUAGAGAUCCUGCUAGGCAGAAAGCCAGAGACCUUGGAACAGUUCAUAUUUAAGAACAAGCAUCGCUUCGAAUAGAAAGCAUACCUCUUCCCUUCCUUUUGUAUAUGCAACUUCAAUAAACUAUAGACCCCUUUUUUUACUAUGUUUAAAAAUCAUAAUUCAAUUACUUUUGCAAGCAUUUAUGGCUUGUCUCAUUCAGCAAAUAAGAAGCUUGCCAAAUACAAAAAUAUAGUUGAUUUAUUCCUUUAUGAUCUUACAAGUCCACAAGAGAAUUAUAGUGCGCACCUAGCGAGUACAAGUGCUUAUGAUAUCUAUAUCAAGUAUUAUACGUUAACGCUUGCUAUUUGAAAUCUCC